CUGCUAAACUCUACUUAAGUUUGAAAAUCUCUUUUAACUUAAAGUUACAUGUUAUUGAUGGUUCCUUUUUUUUUAUUAUUACUUUACUACUGUUCCUUAGGGUAAAAUUAAAAGAAAUUCAGAUAUUGCAUAUACACAGCAUUUUUCCUACAUUACGCUUAGUAGUUUUGAAAUUAUAUUUGACUAUAUUUGACAAUCUGAAUAAAAAGUAAACUUUUACUUGCAUAAUUUAAAAUUUUUGAAAUUUAAUCAUCUAUCUCUUUUUACAAAAAUUAUAUUCUUAAGUGUGAUUCUAUUUCUAACUGUUGGUGACAACAGUAUCACUAUUGCUAUGUAGAGAAAAAUUUUAAAUGAUUGUUAUUAUUUAAUCUGCCAGUAUAAGUCUGAUUUAGGGGUAACACUUAUAGUGUGAUGAAAUAAAGAUAUACACUAAAGAGGGCUAAAUAAUAAGAUAGCCAGUCAUAUUUAUGUAUAUUUCAGUAACCAUAAUAGUCAAUACAUAUUUUCUGUGAAUAUAGACUUUAUAAAACUGUCAUCACAUUUAAUUACAGUUUGUGAGUUUCAUGUAAGAAUAGGAUGAUCUUUUUAAACACCGACCAGACCAAUUAUAAAUGCUUAACAAAUAUUUUCUGAAUGUUAACAUUCCUAUAGUGAAUUUAAAAAAUAAUUUUCAAGGGAUACAGAAAUGCUAAUAUUCUUUCAACACUAUAGUGCCCUUGCCAAUAAGUGAAAUUAUUAAAAAUCACUCUUUUACUUUUCCUCUAGAAAACAUCUUCCAUUAACCCAAAACUCUAUUACAGAACAUAAAAUGCUUGAGAGUACAUUUUAUUUUCUUGUCUUUAUCCAACUAUUUGAAAGAUGUAAGGUAUUAUAUUGUUUAGUAAAAUCCAAAUCAUAUUUUUCAAACUCCUCCUCCUAGUUUCUUAAACUUUUAUAUAUGUAAUAUCUGCUGAGAACUAAAUAAGUUAUUAGUGCCAGUUUAUUGGAGAAUGUCAGUUUUUCCCUUCCUGUUCUGCAUAUGCAUUAUUUAUAUUUAUUAACCAUAAAAUCAUUUACUUUAAUAGUUUAACUAUAUUUGGUCUUAUUUGUGUUGGUUAUGUUUUAUGAAAAAAAUCCUCUUUUCAAUUUUCCAUCAAAGUUAGGCAAUUUACACUAAAGUGACAAGUGAGUGAAAAUUUUAUUUUUUAAAAAUAUUUUAUUGAGGAAGGGAGAGGGAGCGAGAGACAGAAACCACAAUGAUGAGAGAGAAUCAUUGAUCAGCUGUCUCCUGCAUGCCCCACACUUGGGAUCAAGCCCCAAAACAGAGCCUGAAACCCUGGGCAUAUGCUCUGACAGGAAUUGAACGAUGACCCCCUGGUUCAUAUGUCUACACUCAACCACUGAGCCACACCAGCUGGGCAGAAUAUUUUAUUUUUAUCCUUAAUUAAAAUGGAAGUGGGCGUAACUAAAUUAUGUUUGUCUGUGUUUUGUAUCCAAACAAGUGAACUUCCAUGGCUCUUAUGUCAUGGAUGAUCACCAAUUGGGUCAAUGAGUGUAGGGAACACUUACUGUUUUGUAUUCCCAUAUAUUCACCUUCUCCUUGGAGUAGCGUUCUUCCUUGGGGGAAACUGCUUAUUCUGACAUUCUCACUCCAACUCCCAAGGCUUUAGUUGACGCAGUGGUGUUUUUCAAUAGCCCCAUCUCCAUUGUCCCAGGGGAUGGACUCUUAUCAAAGCUGACAGGUCAAACCCCUUCCCUGGAAAGCAUAUCUUUCCAUUGACUUUAUGCCUUCUUCAUGUUCUUCCAAAGACAUUGCCUGAACUCAGAGCUUAUAGUGACUUCUAAUAAAAUAAAUGGGCAUUUUGUCUGAACGUUACAGGCUGUGCACACAAGGAGUUUAUGAAGGAAAAAACUUCUCAAAGGCUAUGUAGCUCAGAGACUGACAAUACAACAUCUCCCCCCCCCCCCCAGGAGAUACAGGUACAUUCCCAUUUGUCUGGAUUUAAAAAUUCAUAACUUCUAACACAAUAGAACAGAUUAGUAUUUUGGUAAUAGAAUGUAAGCUCCUCAGGAGCAAGAAUUUUUGUGUUUCCCGUCUCAUCUCCAGAAGCUAGGGAAUUUUCUGCACAGCGAAAUACUUACUGAAUGACUCAAUGAAUUUGUCUUCAGCCGAGUUUUGAAUAAUGAAAUUGUACCUUUAUAAAGAAGAUGAAUAUAGAUAAAUAGGUAUUACUUUGCUCUCACAACUACUGCUAGCUACCUGAACAACACUGCAUAAUAGGUAGGGGGAAAGGAGUACCCAAAAAGGCAUUCAGCGCGUUUUUUUGCUCUUACAUUGUGCUUUGAAAUGAAAACUACCUGAAGUUGUAAAACAGAACGCUGGGUGGCGCUGCAGGACAAGAGAGUAAAAACCUCUCCGCGAUUGCAAAACUACGUAAAGCCGUAAAGCCAUCUCGACCGCUUGCAAGGGCAGCAUUUUACACCACCGGAGCUAGAAGGUUUCAGAGAAGCCGCUAUCCCCAUCCCCACGCCAGUCAAUGUUAGGAACUGACUCGAGAUUUUUGAACUAAGAUAGCAGAGUUGGCUGCAAAGCAAUCAUUUUGUGAUUUCAUACUGGAUCGUUUGGACAAGGAGGAAGGAUGGAGACGCCGCUCCCCAAAGCGCCCCGGAAAAGGCAAGUGACCGCCAUUAUUAUUCUAUUACUAUUGUGGGAGGCGGGCGGUGCGGCCCUUAACUAUUCCGUUCUAGAAGAGAGGGAGAGCGGCUCUUUUGUGGCCAACCUCGCAAAAGAUCUGGGUCUGGGCUUAGGGGAGCUGGCCGCGCGUGGCGCCCGGAUUCUAUCCAAAGGGAACAAACAGCAUUUGCAGCUCGAGCAGAAGAGCGGGUAUUUGCUCCUCCAAGAAAAAUUGGACCGGGAAGAGUUGUGUGGUGACACGGAUCCGUGCAUACUGCAUUUCCAGGUGUUACUGAAAAACCCGCUGCAGUUUAUUCAAGGGGAACUCCAGCUCCGGGAUGUAAAUGACCAUGCCCCCGAAUUCUUGGAACAGGAAAUCCUCCUGAAAAUCCCGGAAAGCAGCCAGCCCGGGACUGCCAUUCCUUUGAAAACAGCUCAGGAUUUAGACGUGGGCAGCAACACAGUUCAGAACUACACCAUUAGCACCAACCCGCAUUUCCACCUGUUCACUCGCAGUCACAGCGAUGGCAGGAGAUACCCCGAGCUGGUGCUGGACAAAACACUGGACCGUGAAGAGCAGUCAGAGCUCAGGUUAACCCUCACGGCGCUGGAUGGUGGGUCGCCGCCCAGGACGGGGACUUCCCAGGUUGUCGUUGCGGUCCUGGACAUAAAUGACAACGCCCCUGAGUUUGCUCAGCUGCUCUAUGAGGUGCAGGUCUCAGAGAACAGCCCUGUGGGCUCCCUGGUCAUCACCGUCUCCGCUAGAGAUUUAGAUGCUGGGACCCAUGGCGAGCUCUCCUACUCCUUUUUCCAAUCAUCAAAUCAAGCCAUUCAGGUGUUUGAACUAAACGCAGUCACGGGAGAACUUCGGUUAAAAAGAAUGCUGGAUUUUGAGGAAAUUCGGUCUUACCGUAUGGAAAUUGAGGCCUCAGACGGUGGAGGCCUUUCUGGGAAAUGCACCGUAGCCAUAGAAGUGAUGGAUAUAAAUGACAACGCCCCGGAACUGACCAUGUCAUUACUCAUCAGUGACAUCCCAGAAAACACCCCAGACACGGUGGUAGCUGUUUUUGGAAUUUCAGAUCCAGACUCUGGAGACAAUGGCAAAAUGACUUGUUUCAUCCAAGACCAUCUCCCCUUCCUACUGAAACUUACUGUAGACAAUUUCUACACCCUGGUAACAGAAGGAGCGCUGGACAGAGAGAGUCAGGCCGAGUACAACAUCACCAUCACCGUCACCGACUUGGGGACCCCCAGGCUGAAAACCCAGCACAACAUCACCCUGCUGGUGUCCGACGUCAACGACAACGCCCCCGCCUUCACCCAAACCGCCUACACCCUGUUCCUCCGCGAGAACAACAGCCCCGCCCUGCACAUCGGCAGCGUCAGCGCCACAGACAGGGACGCGGGCGCCAACGCCCAGCUCACCUACUCGCUGCUGCCGCCCCACGACCCGCGGCUGCCCCUGGCCUCGCUCGUGUCCAUCAACGCGGACAACGGCCACCUGUUCGCCCUGAGGGCGCUGGACUUCGAGGCGCUGCAGGCGUUCGAGUUCCGCGUGGGCGCCACGGACCGCGGGUCGCCCGCGCUGAGCAGCCAGGCGCUGGUGCGCGUGCAGGUGCUGGACGCCAACGACAACGCGCCCUUCGUGCUGUACCCGCUGCAGAACGGCUCUGCGCCCUGCACCGAGCUGGUGCCCAGGGCGGCCGAGCCGGGCUACCUGGUGAGCAAGGUGGUGGCGGUGGACGCAGACUCGGGCCAGAACGCCUGGCUGUCGUUCCAGCUGCUCAAGGCCACGGAGCCCGGGCUGUUCGGCGUGUGGGCGCACAAUGGCGAGGUGCGCACGGCGCGGCUGCUGAGCGAGCGCGACGCGGCCAAGCACAGGCUGCUGGUGCUGGUCAAGGACAAUGGCGAGCCCGCGCUGUCGGCCAGCGUCACGCUGCACGUGCUGCUGGUGGAUGGCUUCUCGCAGCCCUACCUGCCGCUGCCCGAAGCGGCGGCCGACCAGGCGCAGGCCGACCCGCUGACCGUGUACCUGGUCAUCGCGCUGGCGUCGGUGUCGUCGCUGUUCCUGUUCUCGGUGCUGGCGUUCAUCGCGGUGCGGCUGUGCAGGCGGAGCAGGGCCGCCUGGGUGGGUGGCUGUUCGGUGCCUGAGGGCCCCUUUCCGGGCCACCUGGUGGACGUCAGCGGCACAGGGACCCUGUCCCAGAGCUACCAGUAUGAGGUGUGUCUGACUGGAGGCUCCGGAUCAAAUGAGUUCAAAUUCUUGAAACCGAUGAUCCCCAACCUCCUACCCCAAGGCGCUAAUGAAGAAAUAGAGGGAAAUGCCACCUUCCAGAAUAACUUCGGAUUCAAUUAGGAAUCUCAUCAUGAUGCAGUGUCUUUUGUAAUAUCUUUAGUUCCUCCAGGUACAGAGUUUGAGAGCAUCAUGGACAACAAUCCUAACUUUAAGUAUAGCCUGGAUGUCUCUUUUGGGUGUCAGUGGAGUGGGGACCAGUAUGAGGUGUGUCUGAACCAGCGAGUUCAUGUUCCGCAAACCAACUGUCGGCAAGUUUAUGCGUGAAGGGGCUGGUAGGGGACACCGAGGAAAACUCUAACUUUACAAAUAAUUUUGAGUUCAAUCAGGAAUCUCAUCUUGAAAAGACCUGAUAAAUGAUAAUAUACAUCCGGGUAUUUCCCAACCCUUGCAUUCACAGAAGAGCAUACAUAUUCACACAUUCAUAAUUAUUGCCAUAUUUAUAGUUAUUGCAACCUGUUGAAGUAUUUCAUAUUCUGAAUCUCUAGGUGUUUCUGUUGUUUUGUCAGGUUCCCCCUCACAUUUUGCAUGAUCCUACAAUAACAGAGCACUGGUGUUUCUCAGGAUUUUGGGGUAAGAUUUUUGGAAGUUAUCAAUGUUUUCAGAUUCCUGAUAUUUUAGCUUGUUCACUGAUACAUUGUUAUGAUUAAGAGAAUUGUGUUUAACGAUUAUCAUCAGCAUGAGUCUAACUAAGGUAGAUGAUGGCUUUUAGUUUUAAAAAUAAUUUUCAUUUAUGCAAAAAUUACUGUGACCUUGUAAAUUAUUUGAUUCCUGUAAUGUUGUUUCAAAAACACUGCCGUAGUUUUUCAAAUGAACUAAUAUUUUAGCUGGAUGUUUUCUAAGUUGAGUGUUUUCUUUCAAAAUUGAGAGCAUUUAGUUAGACCACCUGCUAUAAUUUUAAAUGAUGCAAUUCCUGUUAAAUAGAAAAAAGUAGAAAAAUAUUGGUAGACUUACGAUUACCUUUUUAUAAUAAAUGGUUUUGAGUAUGUAAA